AUGUCUGACAAACUCACACCCAACAACCCUGACGAAUCAAUGGUUAUCCGCGAAUUAGUCCCAGGAGUAACAACGCUCUCCGUCCCCUUCGCACGAUUCGGAAGGAUCAAGUUCGGUGGUCGCGCAACAGUUGUACGACUCCAAUCCGGUUCCCUCGCCGUCUUCUCCCCCGUCGCCCUCACCCCAACCGUCCGCUCGCACCUCCAAACCCUCGGCACAGUGCAAUACAUCACCGCGCCCGACAUCGAGCACCACAUCUUCCUCUCCGCCUGGUCGGCCGCCUACCCAUCCGCACACAUCAUCGCGCCCGAGGGCCUGCCAGAGAAACGCGCAAAGUUGAAUGCCAGCGACAAGAGCGUCACGCUGCUGGACUUCGGCACCGUUUUCACGGCCAAGGGAAAGGAGAACAUCCGCGUGACGGAGGAAUUCGACCGCGAGUUCGACUACGAGUUCGUGGACGCGCAUCCGAAUAAGGAGAUUGUGUUUCAUCAUAAGCCGUCGCGGACGCUUAUCGAGGCCGAUGUGCUGUUCAACCUCCCGGCGCGCGAACAGUACUCGAAGACCAAUAUUGAUCCUAGUGGCGGGGUGUUUACCAAGUUAGCGAGUGCGUUGCAGAAUACCCAGGGCACGGCGAUUUGGCAGAAGAGGGUGUUGUGGUAUGUGUUUAGUAAGGCGGAUAGACCGGGCUUCAACAAGAGUAUUCAGCGGAUUAACUCGUGGGAUUUCGUGAAUAUGGUGCCUUGCCAUGGGGAUUCUUGGGUUGGGGAUGGGAAGUCUGUGUUCCAGAAGGUGAUGGCGUGGCAUUUGGAGGGGAAGAAAAAUUGA